AAAAUGCAGUGAUGUUUUAAAUAGCUAGGGAAUACAGAUAUCUCAUAAAUACAGAGUAUGAUAUAGGAUGAUGAUGAUGAUCGGCGCCGGAAUUGCAAGUCCGCCGCCAUUGAAAUCGCAGAUUAGAAUCCCCCGCCGCCGCCUAUCUAAAUCAGAAUGCCAGUGUGCGUUGAGCAAGCGAGGCGAGCGUUUCCUGAACUCGCUCCUCGUCGCCUCUCCCAACGAAGACCGCCUCAACACACUGCUUCGGAAAUUCGUCGCCUCUUCUCCUAGAUCCGUCGCUCUCGGCACUCUUUCCCACCUCCUCUCCCCGGCGUCUGCCGCUCCCUCCCACCCUCGCCUCUCUUCACUCCCUCUUCCGUUAUAUCUGGCGAUGUCACAGGCCCCUUGGUUCAGUUGGAAUUCCAAGCUAGCAGCAGACAUCAUCGCCCUGCUACACAAACAGAAACAAUUUGAUGAAGCCGAAACCCUAACAGCGGAAGCACUCUCCAGAUUAAGCACUGGAGGGAAGCGCGAACUGUUCUUCUUCUACUGUCACCUAAUCAACCCCCAAUCCAAGCACAAGUCACGGGAACCAGUCCUCCAUUGUUGCGCAAAGUUGAAGCUUCUCCUCCACUCAGGCCCGACCUCGCUUCACUUAAAGCAGUCCGUGUAUAAGUCCAUGAUCCAGGCCAUGUGUCGUAUUGGUUUGCCGUCUGAAUCCGAGAAGCUGAUGGACGAAAUGAGAAGGGCAGGGAUCAAGCUGUCCAGGUUUGAGUUCAGGUGGAUAGUUUAUGGGUAUGGGAUAAGAGGUCAGUUUGGGGAGAUGAGGAGGAUGGUUGCUCAAAUGCAGAGAAAAGGAUUUCGGAUGGACACGGUCACUUCGAACAUGGUGCUUUCAUCUUUUGGAGCCCAUGGUGAGUUGUUGGAGAUGGCAGCUUGGCUACAAAAGAUGGAGGAUUGGGGGGUGGCAGUUUCAAUAAGGACUUAUAAUUCGGUUCUCAACAGCUGCCCUAAAUUAAACCUGUUGCUGUAUGACAGCAUAAAGAAUAAUGAGGAUUUGCCUCUUUCCCUAGAAGAGUUAGUGGCUAAGCUUAGCAGGGAAGAGGGCUCUCUGGUUCUCAUUCUGGCAACAGAGAGGAAAGUGGAGUGGGGAGUGGAGUUAGAUUUGCAUGGUAUGCAUUUGGGGACAGCAUAUGUGAUCAUGCUGCUGUGGUUUGAAGAGGUUAGAAGAAGGUGUGAAAGUGGAGAUAAUGAUAAUCUGCCUAGCGAGAUUAGGGUGGUGUGUGGGGUGGGAAAACACAGCGCCAUUAGAGGGAAAUCCCCCGUGAAGGGUUUGGUGAAGAAGAUGCUGCAGCAGAUGGGUUGUCCACUUAGGAACGAUAGCAAGAACAACGGAUGCUUUGUUGCCAAAGGGAGGGUUCUCAAAGACUGGAUGUCAUUAUAUAAUAAAAGCUUGCUAUGAGAAAUAGACCAAAAUUAUGAGAGAGCAAUGGAUCCAACUUCUCAACAACUUACACUAUCAAUCCUUGUCUUGAACGGCCAAAUGUUGUAUUUUGAGCAACUGAGAAUUUGAAGAAAAAGAAUGGUCAUCGGAAGGAAAGAGAAUAGCCCAUUUGGUAAUCACCCCUUGUAUCGGCAUUCAUUAACCAAGGUUUUUUCGCCACACCUCAUGCUCUAAUGACUAACGAAUAAGUAUGACAUUUCAACCUUCAAUCUUUAUAUUAUUUUCUUUGAUUUGUUAGGUAAAUAUGAAGUAAAUUUUUAGAUAAUGUCACUAGAUAUAAUUCAGUAAAUUCAAGUCAUUCUACCAAACUUCAUGUAAUACAGAUAGGCCUUAACUAACGGGCUUUAAAAGUUUGCAAGUUGAUAGAGCAAUUCAGUCGUGCCUGCUGCUGCUGAACUGGUAAGCCUUCAAACCAGAGCAUCCACCAAAUGUACAUUUUCCCAAGAUUAUUGUGCGACACUUCUUCUGCUAUUAAGCAGCGAGCUUGUCCUCCUACUGCUAGGGGCAAAGAAGGUGCAGCUCCAACACGGACAACUACACCUUGCAAACGUGCUUCAAUGUUACUUAUUGCCCUCUGCAUUUUGACAGCAAAAAAUGUUGCCAUUAAUGAUCUGUUAUAACACUUUUAAAGUUUUAUAACAAUAGUGCAUUGCCAAAAAUCUAUAGCCAUGUUUGGUAUGAUGUAAUCAAUCAUGUAAUGUAAUCGUCAUUACGAAUACAAUGUUUGGUAUGACAUUUUGUUUUAAAUUGUAAUGUAAUGAACAUUGCAAAUGUGGAAUUCAUUACUUUAAUAGGUGUAAUAAGCUUUAUAUUACAAAAAUUAUGUAUUUGAUAUUACA